AUGGGUCUACAUAAGAUACCUUAUGUAUUAGCUUGUACUGUAUUUUUAAUAUACUCACAGUUACAUUUAGUUUCCGCUUUCUCAACUUCAGAUCAAAUAAUCGGUAAUGGAUAUCCAGUAGAAACGCAUGAAGUGGAAACAAAAGACCAUUUCAUGAUAGGUUUGGAACGAAUACCAUAUAGUAAAAAUGGGAAUAAAACAAUCGGUAAACCAAUUGUUCUUUUACAUGGUUUAUACGGGACUUCGAUGUUUUAUACGCUAUCCAAUAAAUCUCUCAGUUUCAUGUUAUCCGAUGCCGGUUUCGACGUUUGGCUACUCAAUUUUCGUCUAGCCGGGAUGUCUAAGUACAUAAAAAAUCCGAAAACUCACGAGGUUACUCCAUUGAGAAAUGCUUCGUGGGAUUUCAGCUUUGACGAAUUGGGAGUAUAUGAUACGACAGCUGCUAUUGAUUAUAUCUUAAACAAAACUGGAUAUUCUACACUGCACAUGGGUGGUUAUUCUUUCGGUGCUACCAUAUGUUUGAUUGCGCUAGCCGAAAGGCCGGAAUAUAAUGAAAAGAUUGACAAAUUAGUGUUGAUUGUGCCAACGGCCAGGAUGAAGUACUAUGAUCGAAGGCUUAUCAUUUUAAAGAGAUUUCCAUUUUUAUUCCACAGAACUUUGAGAGGAAGAGAAUAUGUACCAAAGAUGAAACAUCCAGACGAACAAUGGUUUGGGCACCAAUGUAAAAAUAAAAAAUACAUGAAAUUAUUUUGCAUUUUUGCGAUGGAUGUAUUACAAGGCAAUUAUUUGGCGAUAGAUUACUCAACCAUAGAUAUCCUGAAAACAUAUCCUCAGCCAACGUCCGUCAAAGUAAUGACACAUUAUUACCAACUUGUACUAGCUGAUUAUUUCCGAAAAUAUGAUUACGGAAAAAUCGGUAAUAUCAAACAUUACCAAUCUAAAACACCACCAGAUUAUGAUUUAUCUCAAGUAACAGCUGCUACGUAUAUUUAUCAUUCAAAAUACGACGUUAUAGCUCCGCCAAAAGACAUAAAAUGGUUAAUACAGAGAUUGCCGAACGUAAAAAACGUUACUAUGGUGAAAAAAUUCAGUCACAUGGGUUUUGCUACUAGCCCAUAUUUGAGACCCAUUAACAUGAUAAUAGUUAAGAAUUUAUUGGAAAAUUAAUAAUUAAACAUAAUAUUAGAUCUAUUUUUUAUAGAGAUUAAAAUAAAUUUCACUGUCGGAUUUUAAGACACCAUGUACACAAUUAUCCAAUUAUAGUUAAUAUAUACCUAGUUCAUCGAUUUAAACAAUACACUUAAUUGAAAAUUAGUAAAUCUGUAUAGCAUUUAAACAUUUUUAUAUAUUUAAUAUAUAUUUAAUGCGCUACACAAACAUCUGUUCGUUAUUUAUAUUAUUGUAAAUUUUUAGUUUUUAUAGAUCAAAUAGAUUUUUGAGGUUUUUAAAAAAAAUAAUUGUUCAAGUUUAUACUAAGUAUGUAUAAUAUAAGUUAUAAGUUAAAAUGAUAAUAAUAAAUUGCGUUUGCGAUUCAAAUAGGUGCAAAUGUUACGGUGAACUCAACCAUAAUACCGAUUAAGCAUAAAACAACUUUCUUAAUCUUAAGACAUGAUUGAGAUUUAUUUUGGUAUAUCGUACAUAAGUUAUAUCAAUAAUGGUUAUACACUGUAAUUAGUUAUACACUAUGGAUAUCUAUAUAUAUAUAUAUGUUAUAUCAUACUAUCAUAGCAACUUCUAGUUAAAUUUUAGCAUUUGUAGCUGGUUAAUUUUAAAAUGUAAAAAAUUAAGAAAAUCUUUUCAUUCCAUUC